AUGAAAUCAGAGGGAGAUUACGGAGCAGCGAAGGUGAUGCUAAGACCGGCUUCACCAGGUACCGGUGUGAUUGCUGGAGGAGCGGUUAGGAUCGUGCUGGAGAUGGCCGGAGUUGAGAACGCGUUGGGGAAACAGCUGGGAAGCAACAAUGCGCUCAACAACGCGAGAGCAACUCUUGCAGCAGUGCAACAGAUGAGACAGUUCCGUGAUGUUGCUCUUGAGCGUGGAAUCCCCAUGGAAGAACUCUGGAAGUGA